AUAAGACUUGUAUAGGCAUGUCUAAGUGAUUCUGUUUACCAUCUGUAGGUAGAUAUAAAUACUGGAGGAGACUUGCAAAAAAUCAAUCCUUGCUUUGGUAGAGCAAACUUAGAAUGGUAGAAAUGGAGAGGCAGGGGAAAAAAGACGUCCAGUUGGUGCUGAUUCCAUGUCCAUUCCAGGGCCACAUCAAUCCAAUGCUUCAGCUGGGAACCAUCCUUUACUCAAAAGGAUUCUCCGUAACAAUUGCACACACAGAAUUCCAAUUUCCUGACACAUCCAAACAUCCUGAUUUUAUGUUCCUCCGUAUACCAAAUGGCUCAUGGGAUCAACCUGUCUCCUCUUCGAAUUUUGCAGCUUUUUUGUCUUGUCUUAACAUCAACUGCAAAGCUCCAUUGCAGGAAUCUCUAACUCGAAAGAUUGAAGAGAAGAUUGGGCAUGAAGAUGUACAUCUAUGCAUCAUCUACGACGGGCUUAUGUACUUUGCCGAUGAAGUGGCCUUUGAAUUGAAACUUCCAAGCAUCAUCUUACGCACUAGCAGUGCUACCAAUUUGCUAACAUACUUGGCCUAUCCGCAUAAGCUAAAGGAAGGUCACUUUCCCUUGGAAGAAGCCAACGCACUAGACCUAGUCCCCGGACUUCAACCUCUCAGAUUCAAGGACCUACCUGUUUAUAAAUUUCAUCUAAAUGUAGAUAUAUUGAUAGAGGUAAUUGGUGCUACACUAAACCUAAGAUCAUCUAAAGCCAUUAUUUGGAAUACCAUGGAUUUCAUGGAACAACCAUCACUUGCACAACUCCAAUUGCAGUACAAAGUUCCUGUCUUCGCGAUAGGUCCUAUGCAUAAAUUGGCACCAACCUCUUCUGGAAGCUUGCUACAUGAGGACGCUAGCUGCAUCACAUGGCUUGACAUGCAAGCCAAUAAUUCAGUCAUCUACAUCAGUUUGGGCAGCAUAGCUUCCAUGAAUGAGAAGGAGUUGGUCGAAAUGGCUUGGGGUCUUGCCAACAGCAAGCAACCUUUUUUGUGGGUGAUUAGGUCUGAUUCAAGUUGCAAUUCAGAUAAGCCUGAAAUAUUACCAGAAGAUUACAAAGAAAUCGUAAGACAAAGAGGUUCCAUUAAUAUGUAGACCAUAUUUUGGUGAUCAAAGAGUGAACACAAGGUACCUAAAUCAUGUUUGGAAAAUAGGUAUCGAGUUUGAGGGUGAUCUAGAAAGAGGAAAGAUUGAAAGAGCUGUAAGGAAGCUUAUGCAGGAUAAAGAAGGAGAGGAGAUGAGGCAGAGAGCAGUGGAUUUGAAGGAGAAAGCUGAGCAUAGUAUUCGUGCUGGUGGUCCUUCCUACAACUCCAUAAACGAACUAGUCAAAUUGAUUAUGUCCUUCAAGGAUUUAACAUCUGUCAAUGUCUAGUUUCUUUAGUUCUGCCUUUCCAUCUCUAUUUGGUCUUUACUAUCCUGUUCAACUUCCCAGUUCCCAUUAAUCUACUGGAUCAAAAUUGUACUAGUCGGAAUAAUAGCAUUUCAGAUUGACUUA